CACGUACUCUGAAAGCCUCACCAAAAUCCAGCCAGGGGGCUGCGGCAACAGCUCACUCGAUCCGCAAGCAACCCCCCAAAAGUCCCAAAUCCCUCUAUCCUAGUGCAUAUGCUGAUAUGGACAUCAUCUUUUACUCAAUUUGAUCUGCUUACCCCGGGCCCCAAGCAAUCGCUUAACCACACAAAAACUUCAACUCUUUCAAUUUGUCUCCUCCUAGCUAGUUUGCACUCACGGUCACACCCUUCCACUCCCCUCCCUCCCCUACUCACUAGCCAGUGAGUAGUGUCUGUAUAUAUACGUGUACACGUUCUUGUAGCGGCUGGCUAGCUAGCUUCAUCAUAAUAUAAGACGCCUUUACCUACACAGCGAUGCACAACAAGAUGCUGCGGGCGUUAGUGGUGGCGCUCGCGGUGGUUGCCGCCGUCGCGGCGGCGGCGGCAGAGCAGCGAGCGACGUACAUAGUCCACAUGGCUAAGUCGGCGAUGCCCGCAGAGUACGCCGACCACAGCGAGUGGUACGGCGCGUCGCUGCGCUCGGUUUCGGCGGGCGGCGCGGCAAAGAUGCUGUACGCGUACGACACGGUCCUGCACGGCUUCUCGGCGCGGCUCACCGCGCAGGAGGCCAGCGACAUGGCGUGCAUGGAGGGCGUCCUCGCUGUUAACCCGGAGACGAGGUACGAGCUGCACACCACGCGGACGCCUGAGUUCCUAGGCAUCGCCGGGGGCGGCCAGGGGCUGUUCCCGCAGUCCGGGACGGCGGGGGACGUCGUCGUUGGGGUGCUCGACACCGGCGUAUGGCCCGAGAGCAAGAGCUACGACGACACGGGCCUCGGUGAGGUGCCAUCCUGGUGGAAGGGGGAGUGCAUGGCCGGAACGGGGUUCAACUCCUCCGCCUGCAACCGGAAGCUCGUCGGCGCGCGCUUCUUUAACCGGGGAUAUGAGGCGGCGAUGGGACCCAUGGACACAGACAGGGAGUCGCGCUCACCGCGCGACGAUGAUGGCCACGGGACACACACGUCCUCCACGGCCGCUGGAGCCGCGGUGUCCGACGCGAGCCUGUUCGGAUUUGCGUCCGGCACGGCGCGGGGCAUGGCCCCCAAGGCGCGCGUGGCGGUGUACAAGGUGUGCUGGCUCGGAGGCUGCUUCAGCUCGGACAUCCUCGCAGGGAUGGACGCCGCCGUCGCCGACGGCUGUGGCGUGCUCUCGCUCUCGCUCGGUGGCGGUGCCGCCGACUACUCGCGCGAUAGCGUCGCGAUCGGUGCGUUCGCCGCGAUGCAGCAGAACGUCCUGGUCUCAUGCUCGGCAGGAAACUCCGGGCCCGGCAGCUCAACAUUAUCCAACGUGGCGCCGUGGAUCACCACCGUGGGCGCUGGCACCCUCGACCGCGACUUCCCGGCGUACGUCGUGCUCGGUAACGGCAAGAAUUACACGGGCGCCUCCCUUUACGCUGGGAAGGCCCUCCCCACCACCCCGCUCCCCAUCGUCUACGCGGCCAACGUCUCCAACUCCACCGCCGGCAACCUCUGCAUGCCAGGGACCCUCACGCCGGAGAAGGUGGCCGGCAAGAUCGUCGUCUGCGACCGCGGCGUCAGCGCGCGCGUCCAGAAGGGCUUUGUCGUGCGCGGCGCCGGAGGUGCUGGCAUGGUGCUCGCAAACACCGCCGCCAACGGCCAGGAGCUCGUCGCCGACGCACACCUUCUCCCCGCCGCCGGAGUGGGCGACAGAGAAGGCACCGCGAUAAAGUUCUACUUGGCCUCCGACCCGAACCCCACGGCGACGAUCGUGAUCGCCGGGACGCAAGUGGACGUGCACCCCUCGCCGGUGGUGGCCGCGUUCUCAUCUCGCGGGCCAAACAUGGUGACGCCGGAGAUCCUCAAGCCGGACAUCAUCGCACCUGGCGUCAACAUCCUGGCGGCGUGGACCGGCAAGGCCGGGCCAACGGGGCUUGCCGCCGACACCCGCCAGGUGGGCUUCAACAUCAUCUCGGGCACGUCGAUGUCGUGCCCGCACGUGAGCGGCCUCGCGGCGCUGCUCAGGAGCGCGCACCCGGAGUGGAGUCCCGCGGCCGUGCGCUCGGCCCUCAUGACCACCGCCUACGCCACGUACUCCGGCGGGUCGCCCCUCCUGGACGCGGCCACCGGCGCGACCGCCACGCCGUUCGACUACGGCGCCGGUCACGUCGACCCCGAGCGGGCGAUGGACCCGGGGCUCGUGUACGACCUCGGCACCCGCGACUACGUCGACUUUCUGUGCGCGCUCAAGUACACCAGCAAUAUGAUCGCCGCCGUGGCGCGGAGCAAGGACUACGCGUGCGCUGAGAACAAGACCUACUCCGUGGGUAACCUCAACUACCCGUCCUUCUCGGUGGCCUACUCCACAGCGAACGGUGACGGCAGCGACUCCACGGCGACCACCGUGACGCACACGCGCACGUUCACCAACGUGGGCGGGCGGGGCACGUACAAGGUGUCCACGUCGGUCGCCGCGGAAGGCGUGACCGUGGCCGUCAAGCCCACCGAGCUGGCGUUCACGUCGGUCGGCGAGAAGAAGAGCUACACGGUGAGCUUCACGUCCAAGUCGCAGCCGUCCGGCACCACCAUCUUCGGCCGGCUCGUUUGGUCGGACGGCAAGCACAACGUGGCCAGCCCGAUAGCCUUGACGUGGACAUGAUGGGUGCGGUUUUGGCGCCUAACUGGUGUAACCGUACGUCCAAGUGAUGGCCACGUAGGCGUGGUCAAAGGGUCGGAGUGUAAAAAUGGAAGAGUUGGAGGGGCUGGAAAGGUGAAGACUAGUGGUUUCGUAAGUGUCAAUAAGGUCGAUCUUACUAGUGUCUGGAUCGUGAUUUUGGGGGUGGGGUAUGAAAUGAUGAUGAUGAUGGAAAGGGAUUGUGGUCUCAUGGGUGGGAUGGAAUUAUUGGAGUCUUGGACCAGAUCGCGACGCUAUCAGCAAUCCAGUGGUGGUGGUUUCGCUGUAACUGAUUGCAAGUUGUGGGGGCUAUCAGCAAUGUUCCCAACAAAUGUUUCACAUUAAGUUAUUCCUUUUCUGCCCUGGCA